CCAAGGUCGAAGUCUAAUAUUUCCAAUCAUGAUCAACCCAAAAGGGCUUGUUGAAUUGGCAAGAAAGUGGCAGAGAAUGGCUUCUGCAAAGUGUAACAGAAUCUCGUAUCCAAGAAGUUUUGUUGCUAAUAAAGGGCAUUUUGUUGUGUACACAACUGAUAAGAAAAGGUUCAUGGUUCCCUUGGAAUACCUCAGUCAAAAUGUCUUCAAGGAGCUUUUAAGAAUGUCUGAGGAAGAGUUUGGUCUUCCAAGCCAUGGAGCCAUCACUUUGCCUUGUGAUAGUACUUUCUUGGAGUAUGUCAUUUCAUUGGUCCGAGGACUCAUGCCUGAAGAAUUCGAGAAUGCUUUGCUCACUUCCAUAGCAACAUGUCACUACUCGGCAUCAACUUCUCUUGUUCAAGCACAAAGCCACCAACAAACACUCUUAUUUGGCUAUUGA